UAAUAUUUAUAUAAAUGCGAUGUUUUUUUUAUUUCUCAGGUAUUUGACUGCAAAAAUCACAUACGAGUUAUACAAAAAAUGCAAGGCAAUCGCCUGUACGUGUGCGGUACCAAUGCUCACAAUCCCAAAGAUUAUGUCAUUUAUACGAAUCUCACCCAUUUGCCGAGGUCGGAAUUUGUGAUGGGGAUUGGACAGGGUAUAGCUAAAUGUCCCUAUGAUCCUUUAGACAAUUCAACCGCUAUUUAUGUGGAAGAAGGCAAUCCAGGCGGCUUGCCAGGUCUGUAUUCGGGCACAAAUGCUGAAUUCACUAAAGCGGAUACUGUCAUCUUUCGUACGGACCUAUAUAAUGUUACAGCGAAACGUUUGGAAUACAAAUUCAAGCGCACCCUUAAAUACGAUUCCAAGUGGUUGGACAAACCGAAUUUCGUGGGCUCCUUUGAUAUUGGCGACCAUGUGUAUUUCUUUUUCCGUGAGACGGCUGUUGAAUACAUUAAUUGUGGUAAAGCGGUUUAUUCGCGUAUCGCACGUGUUUGCAAAAAGGAUGUGGGUGGUAAAAAUCUAUUGGCACACAAUUGGGCUACCUACUUGAAGGCGCGCUUAAAUUGCAGUAUAUCCGGUGAAUUUCCAUUUUACUUUAAUGAAAUACAAUCGGUUUAUCAAUUGCCCAACGAUAAGACACGUUUCUAUGCCACAUUUACCACCAGCACAAACGGUUUAAUUGGUUCAGCGGUUUGCAGUUUUCACAUCAAUGAAGUGCAAGCAGCAUUCAAUGGUAAAUUCAAAGAGCAAUCAUCAUCGAAUUCCGCUUGGCUGCCGGUAUUGAAUUCACGUGUGCCUGAUCCACGUCCUGGUACUUGUGUCAAUGAUACUUCAAAUUUACCCGAUACUGUGCUAAAUUUUAUACGCUCGCAUCCAUUGAUGGAUAAAGCGGUGAAUCACGAGCAUAACAAUCCCGUUUACUAUAAAAGAGAUUUAGUUUUUACUAAACUCGUUGUCGACAAGUGAGUAUCGAGAAAAUGUAUCCGAUA